UGUUUUUGCUCUGGCAGAAGGGCAUUCGGCUAGCAGAACACUCCUAAGCAAAGCAGUGUUGCAUUCCUGCAGCAGGAACUGCAAGUUGCUCGCAUUGUAGCUGCAUGGAAGAACUCGUUCGGCCUGUGCAAAAGGAAUGGACAUCCCCAAGCCAUGCGGCGAAAAGCAGCCAAGGAAAACAGUGGAGGUUGUGCUCCAGCUAGCCGACUUUACGAAUAUUGACGUGUAUCUACGAGGGCUAUAUCAGUUCCAUUGUCGACUUUACGCGCUGGUUCCUGUGUACGAGCGGGGUCGGUUGAUAAGGCGUGACCGAGUCGAUGGCAUUCCUACCAUUUUAUUACCGACAGAAGAACAGGGAUCCUUUGAGCCUGUGCUACCGUUUGUUGCAGAAACUUCGAAAGAGCUCCGGUACAACUGCUUUCCUAGUUAUGUCAUGCAAAGACAAAAGUGCCCUCUGCAUCAAGUCUGCUCUUGGAAAUGUCGCCCAUCUCAAAACAGCUCGACGCCAAAUGUGUGGAUAACAAAGAGCUUUUACAUCUCACGCGAGGCGGAACGUGUUGCCCUCCACACAGGUGUCGUUUUCCGGAUUGACCUAGACGUAACGCUAGGUGAAAUUGAACCGUUAGAAGAUGAGUCUGGCCAAUGGGAUGCGCACCUUGAUAUUGAACUAUGGCAUUGCGAAGAUGAAAGGAUGGCGAAUCCGGAUGAUUUCACCUUUCAGCAGUUGCGUCGGUUUCGUCUAUCGAAAUUGUUGUCAUCGAAUUCGCCGUCUACACAGUUGCAUCAGUAUGCAAGUGUGUGUUUCAGCAGUCCCUUCUUCUCUGCGUGCAGUUUACUGGUGUCCGCUUCCACGCUGGGAUAUCAUAUGGACGAUCCCGUCGAAAUACCAAGAACGGUGAUAUGGGAGGAUUCUGGGCUCGGAAAUGUGCUGGGUCGCUUUUGGAAACAAUGGAUCCCGUCAGAUUCCUCGAAUGGAGUGGAUCCAAGACAUGAUCGGCUGGCGGACGUCCUGUCCGAUGAACUACACAGGGAGCGUAAUACAGGCGCACCAUUCACACCGCUAUCCGCAGAUGGAGGAUUGAGCGCAUUUGGGACGUACUACACCAAAUUAGUGUACCGAAGCCUGCAUAUCCUUCUGACCUUGUAUCUUUUGGUUGGAAAUAUUCGGGUUUCAUCGAUAGAAGACGCUUCAUUAACAGCGCACCUGACUGCUCAUGACAUUGCGGCAGUUUUCAAAUGUGUACUGGGUGGGGAUGGUGCCGAGGAAGGGCUUGGUGAAGAUGAGGACGAUACGUCCAUUGACCACGCCGAUAAAUUACGGAUACUCAGAUAUUGUGAUGAUAUUUUACAGGAAUACUUACAGUCCGAAACAUCUUCGCUAAUAUUCGAGGAAAGAAUGGGUGAAUUACUAGAACGGCUCCUACAUCUGAGUCGCACGAUAUGGAUGACAUUCUUGAAGCAGCACGUCAUGUUAUCGCUUGCGGAGGUUGCCGUACUGCGAUCCGCGUGGGCCAAACGCAAUUAUUCAUUAUUCUGCCGUCACAUUAUACCCGCAGUCCAACUACCGGCGCGUGGUGGCCUUACAAGAAUUGCUCACGAGAGCAUCUUACGUCAACGCUUCCCAGCAAUGUUGGUUUCUGAAGAACGGCAGCUCCCCAUUCCAAUUGUUAUCGAUCAAACUACCUUGCAAUUUUACGUUGACCGGCCUUUAUCCCCAAUAUCCAUUGCGGCGUUUCGACGUCCGCGUACUUGGACCAUGAGCAGUGGUUUGAGCCUUGCACCAUCAGAGUAUGGGCAAUCGAGUGUAAAAAGCCUGAUGGGAUCACCUCUUUUGGAUGAGGAUGCUAGUGUGAUGGGUAUCCGACCUCCUCGAAGUGUAAUGUCGGAUAAUAUGUCGAUUACGAAUGUGAAUUCCAGUGACACGGCCGGCAAUCAUGUCGAAACGGAGUUGGAGUGGUUGGUUGCAAACAGAUCGGAUAUGGUGACCAGGGGCGGAUGUCAUUUGGUCGUUUUCGUCCACGGACUUUUGGGGUCUGCUUAUGAUUUUCGGCAACUCAAGAACAAGGUGAUCUAUGCAAGGCAUAACUUCAAUAUACCAUCCAAUGGCAUUGUGUUCCUGAACAGCAAUUGCAACGAAGAGGAUACCCUUGAUGAUAUAUCUGUUUUAGCGGAUCACCUGGUGUCGGAAAUUGUUGAGUUUGUGACCGAAGAGCGGUUGCGAGUAGAGAGAAUGAGUUUUGUGUGUCACUCGCUAGGAGGGAUCAUUGCUCGAUGUGCCAUCGAAAAACCUGGGAUGGAGAUUUUCCGGGACAAGUAUGACACAUUCAUCACGUUAGCUACGCCCCAUCUUUCGGGAGCCCUAUCAAAGAAUCGACUGUUGACAUUUUUGGCAACAAUGUAUCAGUGUAUCGACCGCUCGGCUUGCAUAGAUCAGCUGUUAAUGAAGGAUAAUGCAAACCUACAAGAGUCCUUCAUGUACAAACUCGCCACAAAUGCGUCAGCACUAGGCGCCUUCAAGUGUGUUCGAUUGUUGGCAUCCUCGCAAGAUGGGUACGCGGACGUGGAGAGCGCAUUAAUCGGGCUUGGAGGUGCUAGAGAGAUACAGAGGGCAUGCGGACAAGGAUGUAUUGGCGUAUUCGGUUCUUGUGAAUCCUAUUCUCGAGUGGAUGCGGAGGGAACGGCGUCGACAGGAGAUGACCAAAGUGAUCAAGAUGCAUACAAAGAUAUGCUGGUUGCUUUGUCGGGCGUCCUUGCUGGUGCAAAGGUGGAGAGAUACAUUGUUUGGUUCCCUAGUUUGGCUGGAACGACUGAUUUUCUUGGAAGACGAGCGCAUGUAGCAAUGUUGGAGGAUCCAAUGUUUUUGGAAAUGGCGGUUGUGAUUUGUAGAUUGCUUUUGUAACUAAAUCUGGGCAGUGGAUUUAUCGCUCGUAAUGUUGCUGUGUUAGCAUUUGCCGAUGAGAAUUAGUAGUCAUGAAAGAUGUGGGACACUGGACGUGAUUGCAAGAUAAUCGUGUGUUCUCGCAUCAUCCG